GUGUAUCGGACCGGACAUCCCUUGGGAUCUUGUAAGGGCCAUCAGGCCCAUGAUAAAUAGUUAAUAUUCGAGCGAAUGUAGUGAAAGUUUUAGCAGCAUAUUUAAUAUAGGUCUCAAGUUUGAGAGAGAAAGAGAGAGCUCAGAAGAGAGAGAUGGGAGAGAUUGUGUUUACGGAGAAGCAAGAAGCUUUGGUGAAGGAGUCUUGGGAGAUACUAAAGCAAGAUAUCCCCAAAUACAGUCUUCACUUCUUCUCACAGAUACUGGAGAUAGCACCAGCAGCAAAGGACAUGUUCUCUUUCCUAAGAGACACAGAUGAAGUCCCUCAUAACAAUCCUAAACUCAAAGCUCAUGCUGUUAAAGUCUUCAAGAUGACAUGUGAGACAGCAAUACAGCUGAGGGAGAAAGGAAAGGUAGUGGUGGCUGACACAACCCUCCAAUACUUGGGCUCUGUUCAUCUCAAGAGCGGUGUUCUUGAUCCUCACUUUGAGGUGGUGAAAGAGGCAUUGGUGAGGACACUGAAAGAAGGGUUGGGGGAGAAGUACAAUGAAGAAGUGGAAGGAGCUUGGUCCAAGGCUUAUGAUCACUUGGCUUUAGCCAUUAAGGCCGAGAUGAAACAAGAAGACUCACAAAAACCCUAAAUAUCAUUUGGGUAUUAUAUCAUUAUAUCAUUUGGGUACUUUGACUUUCUACAGUUCAUUGUUUUUGAAUAAGGAUUAUGAGAUAUCAUAAGAAGAGAUACAUGGUACCUUGUUUCUCUUGAAAA